CUCUCUCCGUAUCAGCCUGCGCGCCCGCGGGCCCUCAAACGGCGGAGAGCUGCAGCCAGCGGCCGCCGAUUCGUCGUCGUCGUCGUCGGCGAAGUCUAGCGCGAGCGCGCGCGCCCGUCAAGCUUCCCAUCGCAGAGAGAGGUUCGUCUCGUCGACGUCGUCUUAUAAACGUCUACAGCUGUACCCGCUCCUGCUGCGCUGCCUGCGCAGAAGGAACGUCCCGGUGUUGUGCUACUUGGCGGCUCGCCGCGUUUCUAACCUCGCGGCUUGUGCUUGUGUGUGUGGGUGUGUGUAUUUGUGUGUGUUUCUGUGAGUGCUUUUAUUUUUAUUUAUUUUUUUUUGCACCUCACGGGUACGCUACACACUAGUUCCUGUGUAUACACCGGUGAAGUGAAGUGCGCGAUCGUGUUGUUGGUUAAACUAGCCGGUGUUGUGCGUUGGAAGAACCUCACCGCAAUCACGGAGUGUUCUUGAGGAGAGAAAUCUCUGCUUGGACGAGAUGCGUUGUGUUUCCUGCGAGCAGUAGCGCUGUCGCGCCUGGUUGGGAGUGUUGGGAAACAGACGUCUUUCAAGCGCACUUUUUUUUCAGCCGAGUUUUCUAAUUGAGCCAUUUCUUUUUAUACAUAAAUAUUCCUCGAGUUGUCCCGCUACUCUUUGCAGCUAUCCUUAGAUCUGUGGCCUCGAAACCAAAGUUUGAUCGAAUCGUUGUAUAUCGCUGUCGAACUAGACGCUGAUGUAGCGGCCUGGAGUUGUGCAGGUUGAGCGCAGUCCGAAGAAGUGUAGGCCCGGAGAAGAUUUAUGAGGUUCGUGAUGAAGUGCGUCUCGGGCCCCGUGUUUUCAACGUCUCCAGCUCGCAGAAACUCCAGCGUUCUUCGCUGACAGAGGUCCGGUUUUGCAAACCGAUCACUCGGGGGACUUCGAUGCUGCGAAUGCUAGUUUUUUACUGAAAAGGGGCUGUUUUCGCCGCGAAAUACCGUGUGCGAAAAAUCGAAGGUCGUUCGCUGACUGGUAGCAGGCGACUGGUCGCUCGGUCGGUGCUGCAGACAGGUUGACCCGCAUUCGUAAUUGCUCGGUCGUUCCUUCUGCCAAUUUGUUUCUCGCUUUGCUAUUUUAGUUUAUAUCAUUUUUCUGUCAUUUAACCACUGCGCUAAGACGCUCGUGGCCUAUGGAUCUCUAGGCGGUUCAAGAAAGCCCGGUUUCUCAUCGUCGGUUCUUUUUCUGUCUGUAUUCUUUCUUUCGAAAUCUCUAUUUUCUUUUUUCUUCUCUUACGUUCACAUCUCGCUUUCUUUUGUUGGCACGUCUUUCCUAAUCCUACGCUGUCAGAUUUAGCCAUUCGGCUUCAUUUCUAUUCCCCUGCCUUCUCGCGUUUCCUUUUAAAAAAUUUUAUGCAUCUUUGGUAAACCCCUUGUAGCCUGCUUCGUCGAGGUCUUUCACACGGAAUCAAAUUUAACGCUAAUCCCUUUUUGCUGCCUCUUCUGGCUUUUGUGACACUGUAGUCUGUAGCACCUCUUUUUUUCGCUUGGAGAAGUUAUUCACUCUUAAUUUCUUUUCUGGUGCUUUCUUUAGUAUAGUCGCGAAGUGGUUGUUCGCCGAAGCGAGUUCUAUUGUGUAAUGUCACCGGUUGUAGCGACAAAAAGCGGCCCCCGCUCCACUUUUUCCGCGAUCUUCAACCCCGGCGGCUAAAGGGAUUAAAACCUUAAGAGCGGGAAUUGUUGCUCUGCUCCUUUUUUUUUUUUCUCUUCUUUCACUCGCUCUCCGGUAGAGAGGCCUUGAUUCGCCGCAAAUGUGGCGUGCUUUUUCCGAAACGUUCAACGAAGCGCGCUUUUGUGUUCAGUAACCUCGACACGUUUAUCCUCACCGCUUUACCCUUUUUGUAACCGCGUCAGCAGUAGCUUGCCUUUUUUUUUUUCAUCCACGACAUUUUCUGCUUCCAAUUGCCACUGGCUGUUUCCGUGUCUGGUGUUUAUCUAUGUUUCAUCUUCGGUUAAACGCACGACACCUGCAAUACUAUAUAUUUUCUCGUCCCAUGCAGUACUCCCACUGAAACAGCGAAAGAUAAACAGCCCCGAAAAAACAACUUCCGGUUUACACUAUCCGGAAGUAAGAUUCGGGUGUCGAGAAACAAGGAAGCAAGAGAAGGUGCGAGCCCGCGCGAUAUCUCGGCAUCGGUCGUAUUCAGGCUUGCGAAGUUAAUCGCUUAAUUCGGACACCGACUGGGCGGCCCACUACGAAAUCAAGCCCUCCUCUCUUUUGAGACAGUCUCGUGUCGUUUGGUUGGUGCAUUAUCUGCGGUUCACAAAACAAUUUGAAGCAGAUAAGUAGACAAUUAAAAAAAACGACGAACGAGAUAUAUAUAAAGAGACGAUUUGUUGACAACCGGAAGCGUUGCGGCUUUGCCCGGAAUUCAUGUGUUUCCUCUGGCCUUUCCUGAAUCGUCGUCGUUCGAGGUCUUGAGCACACUUCGAACCGUGUCAUUGGCCGCUGGCCCAGCCCAUCUGCGGUUGUGCUGAACUUGUUGAGUGUGCUCCGCAGUGCUGUUUUUCUUACGAAGAGCCGCAACAGCUGUCGCCGAGAAGAGACCUCGCACGGCAGCCUGUCAAGAGCGCUUUCGUGUUUGUCGACGCCACAGCUUCGGGAAGCGUGUAUUGUACUUCUUAACGCGGUGAAUGAACGUUUGGCGUCAGCGAACAAAGGCUCUCCGGUUUCUGUGCUGAAGUCUGCCGAAGUAUUGUGUCUGUUUCUCCAACAUAGUGUGUCGCCUUAGCCCUUCCUCCGCGCUCGUGCCACAGCGUUUCUACGUACGUCACAGUGUUUCUGCUGACAUCACAGUGCGCGCGCACGCGUGUGUGUGUGCUUCAGAGAAAGAGAGAAGCAAGUCGGUUUGCCACAGCGAAUCGUCAGCGAACGGAGGUUGUGCCCAACGCUGAAGAAGUUGGCCCCGUGCGCAUUCCACAGCUCCCACACUCCUGCACUGCAUGAUAUCGGAUUAACCCGGAACUCUCGAACAAGGAACUUGUCCCUGGCGAUGCAGAUUUGACCUGACCCCCGUCCUCCCCCCACUACCCGGCCUGCAAAUCCACGUCACCGAGCAGGACCCGGGUCACCUCCCGCUGAAAAGACCAUCUAACGAGGCCGCGCCCGGCCCACCAUACCCUCCCAGUCACUCCUUUAGGAUCCCGCUUAAUGGACGCACCCCGGCUGUCGACACCGACGGAGCAGAGUUAGUCCUGAGAGGAACGCGACCAGCGCUCCAGCAGGAGUGGAACACCGUCGUUCCAUCCAGCACCGUCCUCCAGGCCUUUCCGCUCGGCCGAGUCACUCCGGGGGAUCGAUAAACCCCGGCGGCUCAACCUUACAAGGAGGUUUUAGCCGUCGUCCCGUCGUCGUCCUCCUCUCCCGGUCCCAUGGGCUGCACACUUAGCAAGAGCCUCUCGUCGCUGGUCCGCGGCGGCUCGGGCGGCAGUCGCAACAACAAGGGCAACGGCGCCGCCGAGCCCGUGGGCGACCCGCCGCCGCCGCCGGCGCCGGACCCGCGCCACCCGCUCACGGCCAGGCAGAUAUUCAGCAUCACCAAAUCCUGGAAGGCCAUCGCCAGGGCCAUGGAGCCCACCGGCAUCGAGAUGUUCGUCAGACUGUUCCAGGAGAAGGGGGACCUUCUGGACUUGUUCGAGAAGUUCCAGGCGCUCCGCACGAAGGAGUCGCAGCGCGAGAGUAUGGAGCUGGCGCAGCACGCCUCCGUGGUCAUGACCACGCUCGACGAAGGCAUCAACGCGUUAGACAACCUCGACUACUUCAUGGACUACCUGCACAACACGGGCAGGCUACACUUCAAGAUCAAGGGCUUCAAGAAGGAAUACUUCUGGCACAUCGAGAACCCAUUCUUGGCGGCCGUGUCCGAGACCCUGGGUGAUCGGUACACCGAGAAUAUCGAGAACAUCUACAAGAUCACCAUCCGCUUCAUCCUCGAGACGCUCGUCGAAGGCUUCGAACUGGCCGAGAAGGAAGCGGCCGCGUAGCGAUGACGUCGGCCACGUCAUCGCCCACCUCCGCCGCCGCAUGAAGGAAUUGCCGUGUACCUGCGAACAGGUCCCGUACGCGCGCAUGGAGUCACUGAGUAACGCAGAGUAGCAGCCUCUGCAACAAUGUCAGCCCGAGUGGCCGCAUGGCGAGUGCACGUUCUGCCGCCAAACGAUUGUCGUGAUCCUCGCAGAUGGCUAUAUAUAUAGCACAGUCCCCGAGAUUGUGUGACGACAUCUUCGUCUUUGAUGUUACGGUACGUCGCGCGGUCAUGUGGCUUAGGUCAUCGCGUUUCUACCAUUGAGGGAUUCCAUGAACACUGCGCAGUUUGGUUCCUGCGGCUGUUGCUGGUUCCACUUGGCUGAUUUUCUUCGAUCGUGCUCAUUGGUGUUUCACCUGUUCGUUUCACCUGCAUGUGUGUUGCGGGAAACCUUGUGCCAUUGUCCUAAUGUGUUGUGUCUUGAUCGACAUCCAACACUACGCGUUCUCAGCAACACGCAUACACGAGUACACCGUAGUGUAAGCGUUGAAAGCUGCUUGAAAUUGGCCGCGAUGGCUGCCAAAGAUGUAAAAAGAGGCUCCUCCGACGGUAAGGGUUUCUUGCCCAGUGCAGGGCUCUCACAACGUACGUAAAACACAGGUGAUGUAGAAGGGUGAGGAACACUUCGGGUUUCGUUACAUUCAAGAGGUCACUAAUCCGUUCAGUGCAGCAGUCAAACAUGGUUGUGCAAGAGGGGAUUUUGUGAAGCGGGAUCCCAUUGUGCCACAACGACCUGCUGAGAAGCCGCGGUUGAGUGCAGUUCGGCCAUCAUGCUUGGUCCAUUCCUAACGCUGCGUUGAUAGUCGUUCAGGGCAACUGUGCAAAAGCAGCCAUCUUGAGCCUGUGAAUGGUGGGCGUAAUGUUGCGCGGCCACGCCCAAUCGCGAAGCAGCUAAUGUAUUUACAAUUGCAAAAACAGGCAUGCACUGCCGUUUGUUUCGACGCCAGCCUCGCUGCCUAUACAGUGGAAUGACGCUGCUGUAUUCAACGCUGGUCACGGGACCCCUACUCUCUCUUAUUCAGUGACUCCAGAAGUUAUUUUGAAGUGUCGCUCGCUCUCGCGUGUGGCCUGUGACGUCACUGCGUCGCGCCAUAGCGCAGCAUCAAGACCACCGCCGUGCCACGGUUUGUUUCUUCGCCAUACGUGGUCGCUUCACGUGGUUGAUUCCUGCCUGGAAGUAUUUCCAAUGAAGAAGAAAAAAAGAAAAAAAAGUUUUUUUUCCGCGCUUUUUAUUUUGUUUUCUCACUAAGCUCUGCGAUUGCGCAAUCGUGUACUGCAGCCUGUGUAUGUGCGCGCGCGUGUGUGUGUGCCUGUCAGUGCGCGUAUGACGUCAGAGGAAGUGACGACGGCGACCGACUGCGAGGAUUACGUUUUCGUCAGGGCACGCUCCAUCGCCAGGCCUCGCCUCCGGCUUUCCGACUUCGUCCCACGCACCGGACUGUGACGUGUGGACUUCCGUGACGUCAUUGCGUUGCGCGUGACCUCAGUGUGUUGUCUGUGUUGUUCUGUGUUUCGUGUAUAAGAUGCAGCCAUGGAAUACGUUUCUCUGUGGAAAACGCCAGUACAUUAUAGCCCCCCUUGUCCCGUGUUUCGGUUUCGUGCAAAGUUAUGUACUGCGUGACAUAUUCGCGUCGAUAUGAAAGCCAAAUGCCCACCAUAAUCGCGCCGAAAUUAUUCACGAUAGUUUUCGAGGAUUGGUGGUCAACACAUUUCGGUACAGUAUUAAGAAAUGAGAGAGUUCGCUGCACUGACCUUCACAAAACAAUGCUGCAACGCGACAAAGUUGCCAGACCUUUUGUGAACACACUUUUCGACGUUACGAAAUUGCGCUCUGGAAACGCAACACUGGUCAUUAACACACAGUUGCUCAAAAAAAGCAGCAGUGGGCUAUGAGCUUACGCGGCCCUCGAAUGGAACGAUCUCGUAAUUGGCAUGAAUCAUUCAUUGUCCUCUUUACAAACAUGGUGUACUGGGACUACGAAUGCAGCACUUUAGCCUGCUUUACUAUGUAUGCGUAAAAAACCAACUAGUAUGCAAGCCAACGUUCGAUUUCUCAAACAUUGUCUUAUGUAUUUAUGUUCCGUUCGCAUUGGCCCCAUUAAAAGUGAAGCUAUCAUAUGAAACAAAAAAUAAGGUGGCAGAUUUAACAGGUAAACAUCGCCUGAACGCGUUGUAUUACCGGUACGUAGUAUAAAAAACGAGAAAUUAGGCUUAAAAGACGCAUUCAAACCUCCGUCUUUCCAUCUAGUCCAGGAUGCAGGUAACAUGCGUGAUUCUCCCAUCAUCAGAACCCUCCUGCCCACGGCCAAAUCCUGAAUUAUACCUGCAUGCUACGUAACUUGAAGGACGUGCCAGUCCAAGGUACUGGAACGGAACCUGAUGGAGAGUUCAAAUUAUGCCGCAUCUGGAAAGUCGCGAUCUCAUACUUAGUGUUCCCUGGAUUUUCCGCUUACAUCCCGUCCAUUGUCACACCUCUGAAAGCGAUACUUUACGAAACAAAGCAAUGUUAUUGAGCUUUCAGUGACGUGUAGUCUGAAAAAUUAUGGUGACUUUGACGUGUUUCCGGCUCUAGUAAUCACUUCCGGUGCAUGCAGUCAGCAAAAGCAUAGGCUUCGAAAUCUGUUUCUGCUACUCAGAGGGCCAGUAGUAUAGUGGGAGUGGAAAUUAGCGGAUGAGUGUAAACAUAAUGGAAGUAAAUAUGUUAAAAGUGAUGGGUAAGCUACGAAUUGCAAUGUUCUACACAGGGAAGUCAUUCUUAAGUUUGAGGGCAUUAUAAUUAUCUUCAUGUCGAAGGUGACCUUGGGAUGUACGGUGCGAAUGAUGUCCGGGUGCCAAAGUUAAUUCAGUACAAAUUCAUCAGUUACGGAUGAUUACGUUUAAGAGGUGAAUCAUUAGCGUGUGGUAAAACAGAAACGAAACGAGAGUAAUUCUGUUGUGCCAGGUACUUCUCGAUGUGGACAGUAUGCCCUUAAUGUAGACGGAACACAGGUCUACCAUCUACUAAGUGCACAGAAAUGCAAAUUUUGAACUGCAGGGAGCAACCACCCCCACGCGCGAUUUUGGCUCGAGCGUGCUCAGACAUAAUCUUAACACGCUUCUUAAGUUCCGCAAGGUCACUCGCGAAUCUAAAUUAAUAAACAUGUUUUAUCUGCCUUGUUCGCAAGCAUGACUGUGUAGAAUCUUUGUCUGGUUCAGCGACUCUAUGGUAGGUGCUGAUACCCGGCGGCGGAACUACGCAAAAAUUUUCAUCGACAGCUCACCUCUUGGUCUCUCUUUUCUGCACUGCUGUCUGGGCAGAUUAAAUUAGGGAGAUUUAGCGCACCUCUACCGCCGUAUACCAUUACCUUUACCGACCCAGCCACCUGCAAGCCUUUGCGAGGGGUAGCUAAACUGUGCUGGGCAUGACACCUGACAUGGAUUAGCUAGCGAUGUCGGAAUGGACAGGUGACUCGGGCGGUGUAACGUUAUAGCAGUGCGUGGUAGCGGUUCACCGAACUCUCUAUCACCUCCGUAGUCUCGAAUUACCUCGAAGCGCGAAUCAAGUGCUCGUCGUCUCAGUCCUUCACGUUGGUACACGAGAAUUACAAUGAGCUGUGAAAAUGAUCGCUAAACGCCGUAGCCCGUCCCCUUCCGUAGUCCCCAAGACACACACACGUCUUCCUUUCAUGGAUACUUCGGUUAUGAAAUCCGCGGCCUAGGUGGCCUGUACUUCAAUCGCUGUUUUGUUACUGAAACUGCAACUUUGCCCGUUGAUUACAUGGUUGUACCGCCUCUAAGUUAAAGGGCUUGUAAGUACUGCCAUCGAUGUGCCCACUUCAGAUCGACAUCUUGGUGUUAAACAACACUUUCUUCUGUGUGGCAACCAGCAUAGUGUGUCUCAUAAAAGCAAUUAGCUAUGAAUGGCCUGCAGGAGAGAUUCGAUGUGUUCUUGUGGAAUCAAAUGUUUCCUGUAUGCACUCUUCCAUACUAAAUUGAUUUCACACAUACGGGUCACCUUUUACAAAUGGAUCUGAAAAAUCACACGGACGACGGAACGAGUGAUGUCUCACUACUAAACAAAACUAAUGUGGUAGCAAAUUAUCUUUGUGGUUGCAACUCGCUUCGUUCUACAUAUAUACCCUAUAUCUGUUUGUAACAAGUGUUCAAAAUAGCUAUUUCUACAUUCGUUAUUUUCAUCAGAUGCAUUUGCAGAUGCACUUGCAGAGGCAUAAUCACGUGCAGUAUGGCAUCAUUUUACGACCUCCCACUUACCCUUUUGUCUUUUCAGUGUGUUUUAAACUUGAUUGCCCUCCCAGUACCUUUCUCACGGUAACUGCGUUGGCGAGUUUACGAAAGUUUUAACCAUUUACGUUCAUACUGGUCGCUUAACUAACUAAUUGAGUUCUUCGUUUGGUAUAGGACAUCUGUGUUUUACCCCUGUCCGCUUCCGUAUAGUAGAUAAAGAAACAAACUUUAAUCUGUGUAGCCUUACGUCAUUGUACUGGAAAUAGUUCAAGAACGUGGGCUCGAACGCAUUUUUUAUAGCUAAGCAUUCAUCACUCUGUGUAGAAAAACAACAAGUAGAUGAAGUAAACACUAAUCCCAGUUACCAGUGUCAAUGCUGCUUGUUUAACUUAGCACUGUUUUGUUUUGUUCUGUGCUUUUUUUUUACUUAUAUAGGCCCAGUGAAGUAGCACUGCAGGUGGGACCAGUGUAAAUACAACGCUAGCCCAAUGAAAGGCCAAUGUUGGUUCUACACUAGGCAAUCACUGGCCCUUCUUGUUGCGCUGCUAGUGGACAGAUAAACGUGCUUCUAACUUCGAACAUGCGGUUGGUGUGCAAACUAGUCACUCGAAAAUUCUUUGUAAGCCUAGCAAGCUUUCGGGAACUAAGUGGUCUCGUUAGCCGUGUCAACGAGAGAUUAACCCAUUAACAAAGUAAGGCAGUACAUGAACUUUGCGAUUGAAAUAUUGUUUGCAAAUGUAUUGUGAAAUCCUCGCGGAAAUAUGUGAACGUGUAUGUUGUAUUCCCGGCGCAAACACUGACAAGAAUCAUAUUGUUCGUCCCGUUUAACAGUAGUGAGAUGUUUUAGAGUAUAUGUGGAUGAAAAUAUGACGUUCCCAGAAAGCGAGUUUAUUUUCAGGAAGGAUGAUUCGAUAACCCUGAAUCAGUGUGCUGAGGUCAGCUGCUCCUCGUCGAGGAAAGGGAAAAGGCGACGAAGUGUAAACGAUGACAAUAGAAAUAAAUAGAAUUUCAAAAGUUGAUGGAGUCACAUGCCGGCUUCAAGAUAAACAAAAAUUGAAUUUCUAGACUUAAGUGCUUGUUCUCGAGACACUUGAAAAUUAAAUUGGCAAUGUACACGCUUGCCGCCAGCAGGCUGACAAAUGGCAACGCUUUCAUCGAAGCAUACAUGAUGGUGAUAUGGAUAAAUAAAACAAAACGUAAUUGAAAUGCAUACCGGUUUGAAAAUUACAUUUUUUGGCAGUUUUAGGUACCCGUUAAUGACACGUGAGAUAUUAAAUUGGCAACGUGCGUGCUUGCUGCAAGUGGGCCGACAGGCACCUGUGGAAGCUUUCAUUCGAAGGUAAACUGACACCGUGCAAGGCAGAAGCGCAAUGUGUUUGGUAGAUUGGUCAAUGUGUUCGCGGUUCGCCAAAACUCCCUAAUAGGUAAGAUCGGGAACAGUGUUGUCGAAGACAAAUUCACUGCGCCUGCGCGCGUAAUCAAUGUAUGCCCGGUGCUUCACUAUCCAGGAAAAGAAAAUUAUUAAACCCUUAGCGUUAAUGCAAAUGACGCACAUCUCUACCUGAUGAAGUUCGGUUUAAAACCCGCUAUUGUCUGCAAGCACUGUGGCCAAGUAUGAUAAAAGAAAAAAAGCCUGCAACUUGGCUUCCACAACGCUGUUCGCGACGGACGAGAAACUCUUGAAAAAGUGUGAGCUUGAUGUUCUAAACACUACGCGUGGAUUGUUGCUUGAGUGCUCGUUUUGGUUAGAUGAAAACUAACAAAGCCUUGUUGUUGUUUUUUAUUCUUUCUUAGAAUCGCUCUUUCUUAAUACAAGUACACGACAUUGUGUAACGGUGGUGUUCCUUGUGUUAAAUGUUGUUUGUACUGUGUUUUCUUAUCUCUUUCGGUUAUUUUUGUCUCAAAUACGUGAGUUUGUAGUUACAACUGUCAAGUGCUUUCAUACACAUUUGCACGCCGUUUGUGAUGUCUGGUGUCUGUUGGGUUUCAAGUGGCACUGCUUUAUUCUUUCGGCCGCAUUUCGUAUCUUCCUUCGAUCCCUUGAGAAGAUUCAUUUAUUUAGAAACGUAUUUGCUGCAAUUAAGCCGUGCGGGGAGAGUACAGCGUUUCCAACCUUAGGGUUGCAAACCGGGUUUAGGUAGAAUAUUUUGUUUUCACGUUUUUAAUUUUAUUUUUGAUGCCUUACCUAUACAGGAAAUGCCGAAAAGCUUUGGCCCACAAUACCACUGAUCGCGAGAAAAGGAUAAAAGAGGCUCAUCAAAAAUGAAACGAAAAAAAAGAAAAUAAGACAACUGUGUUUGCGACUGUGAAUGGCGAAUCAAUACCGCUUCUCUGAGCAAAUCUUGCCACACACGGUUCUCAAUUUCAUCUUGCCUUUCCAAAACACUAAGAGGUCCAAAUUGAAGCUCUCUGUCACAGGGGUGCAUAAUGCACCAUGUCUUUAUGUGACAUUUCAUUCCAGGAAGUAAAUAAUUCUUGUAAAUGUAUUCAGUCUGAUCCUGUGCGCGUAUAACUAGCGAGACAAACAAGGCACACUUUGGAAUGUUGCUGUCGUUCAUCGGUAUCGGAGUAAUAAGCGUUGAAAAAAAAAAGUUACGAGUGUUAACACGUCGUGGAAACUUGGCUUCAUGACCUGGUCUGUCGCCCGGGGUCGCAUAUCCCGUGAUGACGACGCAGUAAGAACCAGGAAAAACUGUCGAACAUACCGGGGCAGGCAUUCGGUGGUUUUUCCCGGCCGUGUGUCUGAUGUAGGGUUUUAAAUUCUAAGGCGACGUUGGAGACGGAUACAGCCGUGACAGCACGUGAACCACAAGCUCGAGGUCACAAGGCCUCCACCUCCUUGUUCACCGGCAGCGUGGAACAGGCUGGUCUAGCGGAACAUCUUAUGCACAUGUACGACACACUGUAUAUCCGCUUGUUGUAUAUUCACAUAUGUGUACGCAACUGCGAGCUCAUUCAUAUAUCUGAGCUCGUUAAUCUAAUAUAUCGAGUGUGUUUGUCAGCUCUCGGCUUCUGCGCCAGAUGGAGAGGACUACGGAGACUCGCUGUUUUCCGCACUUUCAAAUUCCGCCACGUUGUCAAAUUCGCCAUCUUGUCAGCUGUGAUUGGCCGCCAGGACGGCUAUGCCGUCUGUGAUUGGCUCAAAGCGCAAACGUGGCGGAACUUGACACUGUCCGGUUGUGGCGUCUCGCACGUCACUGUCAACGUCAUAGACGUGAAUAAAAUGGCUUGAGGGCGUUCAACGCUUCUUCAAAGCCAAGUCAAGAUGGUGACAGUUACGGUGAAGUUCGCCUCCGCAGACGGCCAGGGGAACCUAAUUUGUAACCUUCCAUAUGAGAGGUGCGGCGAGGUAGUGCAGUCUGUGUCUUCGUCUGUAAUUUGUGUACCGUCGUGUAGCUGCGUCCUUACGUAUCCAUAUAUAGAUUAUGCAUGUUAUAUCAUAGUGUAUGCGCAGUAACAUCUCACAUCGUGCAGGUCGUGCCAACACGGCGUGCGCUAAAUGGGGCUUAGCUCUACGCCGUACGUUGACAGGUCCUCUCUCGGCUUCAUAUGUGUAGCCAGGUCUGUUAUAUCGUGUCUAUCAUAUAUCUAUCUAACUUGGGAUGGUUCGCCAACCAGUCUACACCGAGCUGACCGGUGGGCUUGCAGGAGGAGGGAGUGAAAUGUUUGAUACAAAAGAAAAAAAAAGUCGGCCUGAGGUAUACAUUCCUCUAGACAGUUACUCUGCUCUAGGGGAAAGGGAUGAAAGAAAGCAAGAGAAACAAGAUGGAUGACGAUAGCGACAGAGGGAAGAGGCAAGAUACAUAGCGGGCAAGCCGACUCAUAGUUAAGAAUCCCGGCCUUUACUUUAAAACAAAACCGUGUAAGGUAGUUAAAUAAACUCUACCGCGAGUUGUAAGCGCUAGAUAUUCGGCUGCACUCGGUCGGGCUGGCUAUAAUGCUCUAGAAAUGCACGGACAUACUCUAACCCUGUGAUUAUUGUCGCAUUUUCGUAGUACCAUAUUGUGACUUCUGGUCGGCGGGAGGCUGCUGGAACGUUCCUGGAAUAUCGAAGCAUCUGCGCUCGCUGUUUGGCAUGUAUUGUUUGGGACUAACUGAAGAAAAUACAUUAAACAAGAGGAUUUAAUCGCAGUCGCGUUCUACGUUUGUCAGAAAUUUAUCCGAUAUGUCGCAUACUUAAGAGCUUGUUACAAAGUGCCAGAGCUCAUUAACGCUUGGGAAGCGCUGAACACAACGCCGACUUAGAAACUUUUUUUUUUUUUGCACUUUGCAGUUUAUCCAACUAUCUCUUUUCCUAUAUAACUGCUAUACUGCCAGUGUGUCAAAAGUCAACACUGCCACAUCCACAUGUGUUAAGCGCCACUGUUGGACUGUGGCCAAUCGUUUACACCGCAAAGCAAAGCAAAAGGCUAUGGUUGUUUUCAGAUGCUUCUACUGGAAAAUUAAAAACACCGCACCACGAUCAAGUGGUGUCAUCGAAGUUAUGAAAUACAUCAGGUCCAAUUAGCGACGUAUAUAGUUAUAUGUUCUUAAUCUCUCUCUCUCUCUCUCUCUUAUUAUCCAUGGCAUAAAUUGUAAUAUCGUUUUAACGCGACCACCUCUCUGGCCAAACCGCAACCACAUGGAACGCGUUUCUUCCGCCGUAUUUGCAGCGCGUCGCCCCGCGUCGGCACGCCCUUUCACGCUGCGCUUUUACGGCGCUGUAAAAUCGGCCAACCGAUUUCCAUGUGGUUAAAGGCAAAGGCUGAAACUCCGCGACCCGUAUUUCCACCGUGAUAACGGCGUGGCCAUUGCGUGCAGCAAAGAUGGACGCGCUGACGCCGGGCGACGCUGCGCCGAUAUUACGCGGGAAGUACGCUUCAUGUGGUUUGCUAAGGCGCCCAUAUCGUAGCGAGAUCUAGGGGUAGCCACGACAAGAUGAGCUGGUUCAAACCCUAUCAAGACGGCUACUAGCCGACUCUCACAUGCGGGGGCUAACUUGUGCGGUUGACAAUGCAUGCCGGCGCCACUUGGAACACGUCGCGGUCAUCCAGCUGACACCAGACAUUACGAGCGGCUCGCUUUUACAGUCUGCUGUGCAUGUCUUCAUAUGUGUGAUGCUACAAGAAAGUUGGUGUUCGGAAAGGCACUUUAAACGGCGUUGUUGUGUGCGCUUGUCGCUGGAAAGUCCGCGCGUUCGUAUACUUACAUAUUGUGUGAAUAAUGUUAAACGCUAAUCUAGAGGUAUAUACCUAUACACAUAUAUUAUAUAAAUAUACAUAUAACGUGGGUGGCUGACUAUUUUGUUUUUGCUAUGGUAAUAAACGAUGAAAGCGAAA